CCUAUCAGGUGUAGUUGAAUGCGCGUUUGCACCACCACGUUCUGGAAAUACCUUGCAAAAAGUACAUCUCAACCAACACAGCCUAUUCUCCUCAUCGUGCACUGGUUCAAGGUAUGACUUAAAUGGCGUGUUGUCCGUCUGACGGGUACUAUUAGCCUGUCUAUCAUUAGUCACGGCGUUGAUUGCACUAGUUACAGGACUUUCAUUCUCAGAUUGUGAAGAAGUUGAUGCCUUCCUUGACUGUUUGUUCAUCCCAUUUCCGCCAAUGUUAGUCCCCGUGUUUACGUAUGGAUGAUGAUAAAUCCCCUGCGUAGACCUGCGCCGCCGCUGUGGACCUGCGCUGUUAUUGCUAGAAGGCACAAAAGCUGACAUAAGUGAGCUAUUUGGCUCUAAACUGUCCAAUUGAUACUCAUUAGCGUUCGGCUGCUGAUGUUGCUGAUCAUAUUCCAUCUUGGUCCUCUCAAAACAGCAUUCAUACCAUAUUCACAAAUCGCCUUCAUUUUAGUCUUCAUUCCAGUUGAUUCCACACUAAAUAUUCGUUAGCGCGUUUUAUUUUAAUAUUAUAUUUAAAAUGGAAUUUCACACUGGUGUAUAUGAACUAGUUGACUCAAUCCCAAGUGGUAAAGUUUGCACAUAUGGUCAAAUUGCAAGACAAUUAAAUCAACCUAAUCAUUCCCGAAUGGUCGGUCAGGCGCUCAAACUACUUAAUCCAGGUUCAGACAUACCAUGGCACAGAGUAGUGAACAGCAAGGGUGAAAUAUCAAACAGAGGUGAUGGCGGUAUAUCUGUACAACGACAGGCCCAACGUCUUCAAGAAGAAGGCGUGGAGUUACACCAAACAACAGAAAACAAUUAUAAAUUAAAUUUACGUCUAUACAUGCAUGAAUUUACUACCUCUUAA